AUGAAGUCUUUGUCCUUCAUCCUUGCCUUUUUCACCCUGGCUGUGACCACAGUCUCUGCCCAGGGUGUCACCUCCGCGAUCUCGCCUCAGGCUGGAUUCCCAGCCGGCUGCUCUGGCUCGUACUCGGGCAAGUUUGAGAUCACGGUCGCCAAAGUUGAGGGCGCCGCAAAGCGGUCCGUCAACACCAUCGCCAAGCGCGGUGACUGCUCCACCAACGGCAUUCUGGUCGCGCAACUGCAGGACGGUAUUCUCAAGGACGCUCAGGCUCGAACUGGAUACGUCGCAGCCAAUUACCAAUUCCAGUUCGACGGCCCCCCUCAGACUGGUGCAAUUUACACCGCGGGCUUCUCGGCCUGUUCUAACGGCUCCCUUGCCCUGGGCGGUUCGGCUGUCUUUUAUCAGUGCGCCAGUGGUGACUUUUACAACCUGUAUGACCGCUCGUGGGCUCCGCAGUGCUCGCCCGUUGAGAUCAUCAUCAUGCCUUGUGGCGAGGGCACGGCAAGCCAGGCCGGCGACGGACAGGUCGUUGGCACUCAGAUAGUCACCACCACUGUCGUCUCCGCCCUAAGCGAUGGCCAGCCUCAAGUCCGGACCACGACUACCGGCAUCCCCGUGUGCCAGGUCUCUCAAAUCGCGGACGGCCAGGUCCAGGUUGGCACUACGCCUUGCGCUAGCAUCACCACGACGCCUGUGGCAAUUUCGAACCCAGCGCCUGUCUCCCAGCAGACUGAUGGUCAAAUCAACGUGACCCCGCCAGCGUCCGUUCCUACUGUGACGAACCCGGCGCCGGCGCCACCUGCAGUGUCGCCUUCAGCCCCCCCUGCUGCCAGCGCUCCUGGUGCUCCCGCCCCGUCGGCCAGCAGCGUCGUCCUGCCUUCCGAGACGCAGCCCGCCUCGUCUGGCACCACGCUCGCCACCACGGCCACGUCAGUUGGAUCUUCGGGCACUACGCCUUCCACCACCGCGGCCACCUCUGCGCCGGCCACCGGCGGUGCCACAGUCCAGGCGGCUUCCAUGGCAGCUCUUUUCAUCGGCGUUAUCGGCGCUGUCGCUUUCAUCUAA